CCUCUUUCACUGUUCAUAUGGACACUUGACUGCUGAAAGACAUGCUUAACAAAGGGCACCUGGACUCACUUUAGAUUUAAUCCACAAGGCCUCUUCCUGUCUUACAUGUGUAAUGAUAAAGUCAGCUGAUGGUUCAGUAGGAUACAUAGUUAAUGUGUGAAACUAUAUUUAACACUAUAAAGAUGAUAUAAUUGUGUUCACCCUUCUUAGAACCUCCACAAACAUGGGUGACCUGGUAGGAGAAGGAGUGACCUCAGUCAUCAACCAAACCGACAAUGAUGAUAAUAUGACUCACUGUGAUCAGGUCGACACAUCAGCCCACCUCUUCUUCAUGCCGGUCUACAGUCUGGUGUUUCUGGUGGGUUUGGUCCUCAACAGCUUCACCAUGAAGGUUUACUUCUGCUCAGCUCAGCAGCAGGUAUCCAGGAUCAUGAUGGUCUACCUGAAGAACCUGGCAGCCGCUGACUUCCUGCUCUGCCUUUACCUCCCCUUCCGCAUCAUCAACUACACCAACAGCUCCAUCACCUUCCACCUGGUCUACUGCAACUUUGGAGCUUCCACCUUUUACCUCAACAUGUACGCCAGCAUCCUGUUCAUGGGCUACAUCGCUGCUAACAGGUAUCUGAAGAUCAUCUAUCCUUUAGGAAAUCACAUCCUUCAGACAGUGCAGGCUGCCCGCAUCAUCUCCACGGUAACCUGGGUUUUCCUCCUGGCCAUUAUGACCUUCGAUAUCACCCUGUCGCUCCUCACCAAACCACAGUUGACCAUUGUCCCUGACACCUGUGACGCCUUGCUAAGCGCCCAGGUCAUUGUGUUCUACAAAAUCAUCCACAUCUGCUCCUCUGCCAUCUUCCUGUUCAUCUUCGUCUCCCUGGUCUUCUUCUACUACAGCGCCUCCCGCAGUGUGUUGCUGGCACAGCAGAGGCAGCCGGCAUCCUCCAGCUGCAAGAAGCUCAUGAGGUCACGCAAGAAAAUGUUGGUGCUGGUCAGCGUCUUCUGCAUUUGUUUCGUGCCGUACCACCUGGUUCGCCUUCCCUACACCUUCCUGAGUAAACGGUGCUCUUUGAGCCUGAUGUUGUACUACGUGAAGGAGACGACCAUCCUGUUGUCAGUUCUCAACAUCUGCCUGGAUCCACUAAUCUACCUCAUCUUUUGUGAGGCGUUCCGGGCUCAGCUGAGCCGUCCACAUAGCAAGAAGGCAAGGAGGCACAGUGAAGGGCAGCCGAGAGCCACAGACAGUGAGGCAUCGUUUAACACUUCAACAAGACAAACCGAUGGGCUGUAACUUAAAGGAUCAGUCUGGUGAUUUUCUAUAUUUUUCUUACUGAGAGCAGGAAAAAAGUGUUGCACACACACUCUGGCUUCAUUUGUAUUUCUCUCCUAUUCGAAUGAUGUUUCGGCCCUCAGGUCUUCUUCAAAUUCAACAAUCAUAUUAGGACACAGGCACGGGUAUGUUAUAUAGGCCACACCCUAGUAACACAGCUGAUGGUGAUUAGAUAAUCAUGUUCCACCAUUAGGGGGAGAAAAACAAUCAAAGGACCUUCAGAAGAUCAAAACUUUUAACAAACAGUGACAGGAACUACAGCCAAUCAAUUCUCUUCAAAUAAACUGACCAAAAAACAGUAUGUUUCAUAUAAUAUAUUGAGAUUUAAAUUUUACAUUCCAAUGCCUUUGGUUAAGCACAUUCAAAUAUGUUAAAAAUACAUUUAUGUUAAAUAGGUUUCUAAUAGAUGUACAGAAGAAGUUACAAACCUUCCAUUUUUCACACCAAAUUCGAUAGAGUUUUUAUUGUAUUUGGUGACGCAGCUGUUUUCCUGGUUUCGGUCAAACUGAAGCCUGUUUGCAGUGUCAACACAACUCACCUCAUAUCAGAUCAGUGUGAACAACAGUCUUUCACACCGACGCUGCCGCAGUGUGUUCACAUAACAAGCAUCUUGUCAUUUCACACAAAAUCUCUGUUUGUAUAUAGUUUGAUUCUUGCUUUUUAUUCUUUAUUGAGAAAGAAAGAAAACAUCCUUUUGUUACUUAUUUCCAUACAUACAGUAUCACAAAACACACACACACACACAGAGGAACCUUUGUACCUUUCGGCUCUUUCUGCUUUCAGUUUUGUACUCCUGC